AUGAAGAAGAAGAGCCAGAAGUCAAUAAAUAAGCAAGUUGCCCUCUGCGGUCCACAGUCUCACAGAUCAGAAGAUCUUACAAUGUUGGAUGGAGGAGAGUAUGCCCCUUUUGUUUCUCUUCCCGUGCUAGAGAGCAAUUUUAUUCAGGUCAACAGGAGAGGUGAAUCCAUUUACCUUCAUAACCGAGCCAACUGGGUGACCGUCGGCAUGUGUUCUUCCAGUCCCACUCACAAGAUCCCCAAUGUGAUGCUGCUGGCAUACCUAACGCCUGCUGCUCAAAAAGGUUCAGGAGCCCUCUUUAAAAGCCUGCUGGAAUCUCCCUCUACAGAGAAGCUGGUGCUCACCAGGUUUCUCCCUCUUCAGUUUGUGACUCUUUCUGUGCACGAUGCUAAGAAAAUGUGCCUCAAAGUAAAGCUAGUAAGUGGCCGGGUCUACUACUUACAGCUCUGCGCCCCUGCCUAUAAACAGGAUGCCUUAUUUUCCCAAUGGCUGGACCUCAUCUCCCUCUUGAGUCAGGAGAAAGCCAAGGUGUCCGAAGUGUCAGAGAUCUCAAGCCUGUCAGAAAUCACAGGCUCCAGGGACAUCAUGGAUAUUACAGGGCUCACAGCUCUACAGACCCUGCACAGGUACACAUACGCAGACAACAUACAUGUCAUGGAAAGCAUAGACUUCUCAGAAAUCACAGAUGUCACCGAUAUCACUGAUGUCACAGAUGUUCCAGAAAAUGAGGUCCCAGAAGUCCCAGAUGUAAGAAUUGUCACAGAAGUCACAGAAGUCAUAGAAGCAACAGAAGUCUCAGAUAACUCUGAUGCCACAAACUUCUCAGGGGUCACAGUGGUAUUUGAAAAUGAUGACAUAAUAAGGGCCAAGCAAGAGGAACAGGAAAAUGUUCUGAAGCACGGGUGUCUACAGGAUACAAAAAUGAAGAAUGAGAUCAAAGAUUCCCCAAAAUGUCUCACCAUCUCAAAUGUAACACUGACUUUCCAAGGUGAAAGAUGCUUUCAGACUACGUUGACUCCUGUGAAAAGUGAGGAAAACUUAUCCAAAGAGAAGUCUGAUAAAAACUGUGAAGAAAAGACGACUGAUUUUAAAAACACUGCUCUCAAGGCUACAGAACCCAGGUACGUGAGGCAGGAAAGCGUGUGGGCAUUCCUAGUGUGCAGAAAUGAAACAGGCAGGUGCUUCGAAGUCCUGGGACUUGGGCAUUUGUCCCCAAAGAUAAUGCAGACAACUCCUAAUUAUGCACAUUCGGCUCACCCUUGGUCAGCUUUCAUUUCCACACCAGAUUAUUCCACACCUCAGUGUUCGGCUGUGGGCCUGUGCUGA